AGAUCGUUCAGUAUCUCAACAGUGCUCACAUCUACCAUCACGACAAUUACGACAUAAUGAUAAUAACAAUAGAGAUCGCUCACAAUCUCCACGAUGUUCUAGUCCAGAAACACGAAGAAGAUCACGUGAACGACGAUCAUUCAAUAAUCAAG